AAUGAACAAACCCUAAGCCAUCUGAGGGUGUCAGAGAGCCUCUAUAAUUGAAGGUUUUCUCCAGAUUCAUUCAAGAACCAACUGUAGACAAUGGCAUCUGAAAAUCCCUCCACCUCUGAACAAGGCGAGAUGCAGAUGCCGCUGAACUGCCCAGGAGGUGCGGAGGGAGGAAGCUCACGUGAAACACCUCGUAAGCGAAAGAAGAUAAGUAACAGCUACCAGGGCUUUGGACUGGUGGAGAAAGACAGGCUGAAGAAAUAUGAAAAGUGGGAAUCAAAGGCAAGGAAGAUUGUCAAGGAAACAUAUGACAAAUUGGUUGAAGAUUUAUCUCAAGAUGACACAGAAAAUGAAAUUAACUAUUUGAAGAACCGUUUGAGUACCUUGACAGAAAAGACUUCCUUGGACCCCAUACACAUUGGGUGUUUUGGGCGAACAGGAGCAGGGAAGACCUCUUUGCUCAAUGCCGUUCUAGGGAAGAAAUUGUUCCUGCCAGUGUCUGGGGACAGUACUUGCACUGCAUGUGUGAUACAAAUAAAAACAAAAAAGGCUGGUCCGUACGAAGGCACUAUCCAUCUUCUCUCAGAUGAUGACUGGAAAGAAGAGCUGAAGAAUCUUGUGGAGAUUUUGAGCAAGAAUGGGAGUGAUGAAGAUGAUGACGACGAUGAUGACUGUGUGAAGGAUGCCAUUAAAAAGCUCCAUGCUCUUUAUGGGGAGGGAGCUGAAGAAAAAGAUUAUGAAACCUUGUUGAAAACAAAGCUGCAGGUGACUAUUCCGGCAAAAAGAAAAAUUUCAAUCAAGGCACAGGAGGCAGAAGAGCUCUCCUGCGAACUGGAUCCUUACCUUCGUGUUGGGACUGAAGGCACCAAUAAACUCUGGCCACUGAUCAGCUACGCAGAAGUAACCAUUCCAGGGUCAGACAUGCCUCCAGAAGGGGUCGUACUUUUGGAUGUUCCUGGUACAGGAGACUUUAACAAGAAAAGGGAUGAGAUGUGGAAACAGAGUAUUAAUACAUGUUCAGUCAUCUGGAUUAUCAGUGACAUUGAACGUGUUCAAGGAGAGAAGAUCCAGGCCAAGUUACUGGAAGAAAGCAUCAAGGCCUUCCCCGGAGGAAUCUGUACUGACGUUGCCAUGGUGGUCACCAAAUCAGAUAAAAUGGAUCUUGAAGAAUACAGAAGGGAAAGAAAAAACAGCAAUUUUUCCGUGAAGAAUGAGCAUGAUGCCAUUUUAGAGAGGAACGAAAAUGUGAAGGACAUGAAGCAUAAAGUCAUUAAGGAGAAGCUGCAGAAAAAGCUGCCUCCUGAUUCGGAAGUCCUUAACAAGCCCAAAUUGGUUUAUACAAUAAGUGCCCGAGAAUUCUGGGAUACAAAGCACCUCAGUAAAAAAGAAACAGAGAUACCAGAGCUGAGGGAGUACAUCAGGAGGCUCUAUCUGAAGGAGAAUCAGAAACUGGUGACAGAUUAUGUGACUGAAGUGUUGAGCUUUCUCAAGAUGGCUAAGAAUUUUGGUUCUGAGGUGUUUCAGACAAGCAAUGUGAAAGAAUUAAUGACGAAGGAAUUCGACUCUUUGGAGGAACACCUUGAAUUUGUUUUUACUGAAAUAGAACAUGCUCUAUGUGCAGGUGUGGACAAUGCCAGAAAGAAGUACAAAAAAAGUGUUGAAAAACUGCUCACAGGAUGCAGAGGUUAUCAUCACAAAACCCUGAAAGCGGUGUGCUUAAGGGACGGUGUGUAUGCCUCUAAAAACCUUGCCCGCAUUGAUUUCAAUGAAAGCCUUGCCGAUCCCAUCUAUGAUAAAAUAGAUCGCAUUUUUGGAAGUAUCUUCAGGACCGAAAAGGCCACCAGAUCCAAUCUGUGGUCUCAACUGGAAGUGUUUAAAAAUGAGGUACAGAACAAGAUACGCCAAACUGAAAAAGACAACAGCAAGAUUGAAAUUUUCAUUCAAGAAACAAAUGUAAUCCUGCAACAGCUAAAAAAACGGAUUCUCCAGGGGAAGUUGGAUAUCUACCCAAGUCUUAGUUUGUCCAUCCAAAGUGACCUGAAGCCCCACUAUAAAGAGGCCUCAAAAGUUAAGGGUCAAGGAUCCUAUGAGCGGAUGAAGACAAUCCUCACAGAAGGCAUUGAGAAAGAGGUAACGAACCAGAUGUUUGAGAGGGCCAAAUCCAAGAUGAAGAGUCAGUUCCGUAAACUGAAGGAAGAUAUCUUGCAGAACCUGAAGGGACAAAUUUCCACUGCGUUCAGUCUGGUCUUCCUGCAGCAAGAGCGGGUUGCCGUGCAUUUGGCAGAUAUUGAGAAAGAAUGCAGAGAAAUCGAGGAGAUCUAUAAUGAGUUGCAAAAUGAUAAUUAACAAGAUUUUGGGUUUUUUAAAUUGUUUUUAUUUUUUGCAAGUCAGUUUUGCUUCACAAGUG